AAUCUGUCUGCACUGCUGAGGCUCGCCUGGAGCCGGUGUCCUGGGCCGUUUCGGCCUUGCGCGCGAUCGGCGUCCGGUACUGGGGGUUCCGUGCUGCCUUGGCCGGCCUUCCACUUCUCUGGCUCCGUGUCACCGAAUCCUCGCGAUGACUCUAGUAAAUUCUCUUUUAGAGGAUAAAUCGAGUUGAGCACCUGAAUGUAAGGUGCUUAAGAAUAACUAGAUAUGAGUUCUUAAAUGAUGAAAUGGUUUUUGUUAAAACGCUUUCAGGUGCAUUGCAUACUUGUAUUGGUCGUGUUUGGAUUCUUUUGGAAGCAUUUUCAGUUAAGGGUAGGUUAAUAUAAUAAUCGCAGUAGAUGUUUAACCCGGAAGAGUGUUGCUUUUUAUGACUAAGAUGUAAACCGUGUUUGUACAUUAAUGUUUAUGGUAAUAUUAGAUAUUCUGUAUUGUGUGUGUGUGUGUAUACGUACCGUGACAUACACUUAUUUUUCAAGCGUCCGGUUUCUGUUGGGCUGGGAAAAACACCAGUCUCUCCAGCAGUGACAGCCCUGUCACCUGGGAGCCUGUGCGACGGACGAUGCAUAAUAAUGCCGAGGCUUUGGACACCGUUUCCGGGCCCCAAAGACGAGAGGAAAGCGGGUACAGAGUCCAUGACUGUCUGAAAGCACCAACACCUGCUUUAUCGACUUAGUUUAAACAGUUUAACUUCUGGUAAGGAUGGUGAUGAAAAAUGUAAUGAUCACGCUAUAUGGCCUUUAUCAUAAUUUGUAGUGCAUUAAAUAUGUAUAUUAAAAACAUGAAUACACAGUUUUGGUGGCACGUUUGCAUGUGUCUUGUUUAAAAUGAAUUAUUAACACCUAAAACCUGUUUAGUACUCCUCGAUCCCGAGUAAAAUCCAGGGAAAAGCAACAUUUUCCGGUAUGUGUAUCUAUACCACAUCUUCUGCACUGCUGGGUCUCUAGAGGUCUCCAGACUCUCUUCAGUACAGCUGCGAUGGGCUAGGUUGGCGUGCAGCCUUCCUGAAUUGAGUAGUCUGUCAUUCAUCCAUCACAUGGGGUCAUGCAAGCGUGAAGGUUCAUAGCCUAGAGAGAAUUUAAAGGUAAAAGGUCUUGGCUGUGGAUAAGAAUCUUGUGAAAAACUGCAUGGUAGUCACCUUACAUAUUGUAGUUAUACAAGGGUAACCAGUGCCUGCUAUAAAACGGCAGUUUUAGCCACAUUUAGGAAAUGUUUAUAUUUAUUUGCGUGAUAGGAAGUGAGGGGCGCUGGACAAUGAGGCCAGUUUCCCCGCCUGCGUUGUGAGAUGGAAAGUGCGAUUCCAACUCUAGUGGCUGCUGCUAACGUGUCCUGCUGCUCGUUCCUUGGCUGGAAUUUUUCCCCCUGAGAAUCAUCCAAUUAUGUGCAGCCAGCCCCAGCACUGCGAUUUAAAAAUUCUUUUUCUUUGCUAUGAAACUGACUGCAGUGUGACAUUUAAAUGCAUUUGAUACUUAAUAAUGUAUUGCUGUUGUGAUUUGUACCAUGUCUAGGCUGCAUGUUUCUAAGUUUGCUGGCUGGGACACUUAAAAAGAUUUGCGUCAAACCGGGCUGCUCUUCAGUGGCUGAUGUUGUAAAAUGGGGAACUAAGGACGCUCGGUCGUGUGAUCCAAAUCCCGCUGGAUUAGACCAUAUGGUAAUUAAAGCGUUUUAAAUUAAAGUGUUUCCUAGUUUGUCCAUUCUUCCAUUUUACCUUUUAUAUAUAUUUUUGUUUCUACUGUUUUUUUAUUUUGUUUCUCGCUGUUCGCUGUGUGUUUCAAAAGAUGCCGGUUGUAUUUUGUGUUUCAGCGGCAGGCUAUUUGAAUAACCAAUCGACAGCAAAUAUGUUUGCCAGUCCCACCCCAAAGUACCGAAGUACCCCAGCUGGUUUGGUACUUUCAGUACUGGAACUUUCGGUACUGGUAUUCGACCAAUGGAAAAGCGAAAGUACCGUACUUUGAGGUGGAAAAGCACCCUAACAUAAGUGACCUAAACUGAUUAUUUUGAAACUGUUAAGGAUGUCUCUGUCAGUAGUAUAAAUAAUCUACUGAUCUUAAUCUGACUAUUCAUAGAAUAAUCUCUUGUUUAUAAUAUAUUUAAUUUGCAAUUGGUGUGAGGCAACAUAUGGUCAAUUUAGCCACUCGUUCUCUUGACUUGCACAUUUUUUGGACAGUGGAAUGAAACCUAACAAUCUUCCAAAAAGCCAAACAGGCAGGGUGAACAUGCAGACUCCACGCACACAAAGCGGCUGUGUGUGGUGACGACGUUACCCGCUGCGCCACUGUGCCACUUUUGGAUUUCAUGAUGUGUGAUGUUAAUAUCGAUAUGGCAUUUCAUGUACCUACAACUGUCACAUUUCAAUGCCCACGAUAGUCUGCUGUGUUCAAACCAUCAAUAAGUUGCAGUAAAUAUUUUUUGCUCAGUCAUAGGAAACAAACCUUGGCAGUCUUUGCAAUUUUAAUGAUGGUUCUUUUGCAGUCUUAUCUAGUAUAUGUAAAAAAAAAAAAAAAAAAAAAAGUUCAUAGCUGCUGCUUUUGCAUGAGCUCUGCAUGCACUCUCUCAGACAAGCAUUUAAGUCAAAAUUGAUAGACGGGCCUGGUCAAUUCGAGAUGCUAAGUGGUACAUAUAGUGAAUAUUGGUUAUGUGAAGUACUUAUACGCAACUUUUUGCCUAUUUCCAUUCUUAAGUCUUUCUUCCAUAUUGCUGAGUUAUUGAGAAGGAAUUUUUUAUCUGCUUUUUAAUAAUUAUGACUGCUCUGAGACUGUUGCUUCCCAAUCAUUGUUUAUCUUACUGUUUUUAGAUGUGAGAAUACAUAGAUGAAUUGUGAGUAUUUUUAAAAUGUACGAAAUUCAGAAAAUGCACAUUAAGAAUUGACGAAUGUAUACAAAAAUAGUAAUUUUUCCAUAUGUAGAGUCAUGUAUCUGCGUGGAAACAGUAUUUCAGUUACACUUCCAGUUAAGGAUAAAAAUCAUUUUUGUGUUAAUGUACUUUUGAAUGUGAAAAUUUGGUAUUUAUGUUGGUAGAUCUGGUGCAGUGUGUUUCCACUCUUAGGUGGAUGGAGAAGGUCUGCUGUGGUAUAGAGAGGAUCAUACUGAGUAAUUCUACAUUGAAAAUAAUCACGCAAUCAAGCUUCAUAUCAUGGCAGCUGCCUUGUUGGACUCUGUGGAUGACCAUCUGGACAAUGGCUGUGUUUUAGCAUCACGAUUCUCCUUAAUUAGUGCUGCACCAUAGCUCUGACACAUCCUCUGUGAACACACACACACACACACACACACACACACACACACACACACACACACACACACACACACACACACACACACACACACACACACACACACAAGAGCCUGUGCUUGUGAUUUUACUGUUAGCCUUGGUUUUAACAGUUUGUGGGUUGUUAGAGCAGAGAACCCAGUGUCUGGGCGACCUGCAGAUAGAAAAUGUACUUCCAGCACAGGGUUGUCUUUGCGCUGCUUGUCCCCAUUAAAGCUGGGCUUGAAACCAGUUGCGCGAAUGUUAUAUUCAUUUAUACAGAAAUCGCUCCUGCUAUUGCCAUAUUAAAUCAGCAUCCUUUCAUAGUCCUAAUCGUGCCGCAGGCACACAAGGACGCUUGCUCGAAGCUGCCAUUUCGCAAAGCAGACUGGGUGUUUCGUCAUCAAACACCCCUCCGAAUGCUUGUACUCGACAAGCUCUGAUCAAAGCAAGAAAACAGAAUGUAAGGAGUGCACAUGCUGAGAACUUGCCUUUGCAAAGAACUUGAAAGUCUUGCCCUCAACCCAAUUCAUUGCACGGAAGCCUUGGGUGCAACCAGCAGAAGAUGAGAGGAGGGCCGGAGGAGAGACUGCAGUGGCAGGGCCAGUGACUCUCUCGCCGCGGGCAUGGCGCAGGCUGUCCCCCAGCUUGACUACCAGCUCCUGCAUGACCUGAAGCUGCGCUUCCCUGAGAUCCCGGAGGAUGUGGUGUCUCAGUGCCUCCUGCAGAACAACAACAACCUGGACGUGUGUUGCCUUCUCCUGGCUCAAGAGAGUAAUCGCUACCUGUACGGGGAGUACCACAGUCCCGAGGAGAGCCGCCUGGCCCGUAACCACAUGCUGCACAUCAGCCUGGGCUACCCGUCCACAGAGGGCGCUAAAGCUAACGGAGGGCGCCCCCUGGUGCACAGCUCCAGCGAUGGGCACAUCGAGCCGCAGCGAGGUGGCCCUGGUGCCGGACAGCGUCCCAUGGUGUUCCAGGAACCGCACUCUGCCCCUGCCACCAUGGCGCCAUCGCCAGGGUACAGCCCCUUCUUUGUGAAUGAGCAGGGCCGCUCUGCCGGCACCCCGCCGCCCGUUGCGCCCUACCCCCCGGUGCCACACUACGCCAUGAACCCCAUCACAGUUACGCUCCCACAGAGCAUCCCCUCUGUGCCUCAGGCCCUGCAGAUCCCCACCUCCCCUUAUAGUGGCGCUGGUGGCAGCGCCCUGUAUGUUCGGCCCGCCCCCUCACAGAGCCCCCAGCCUGCCCCCUGGCCCUCGCCUGGCAUUCCGGUUUUCACGCCAUCCCCGUACGCCUCCCCGUAUCCCGGGAAGCCUGUCCCCCAGACAGCGUACCACUCCCCACCCCCGUCCCAGUUCCCGUCCCCUUACAGCUCCCCGCAGCAUCAGAUCCAGCAGACAGCCCACGCGUUUCUCCCUAUCAGCCCCCCCACUGUGCCUGGCCUGCCCUACCAGACGCAGCAGUCUAUGUCUUAUUUGCCCCACCUGUCUUCCAAGACCCCUCUGAAAAACCAGAUAGAGAUCAGUUUAGAGGGGGGGCAGAGAGCACCCACCCCGGCUCAGCGUAGCGGCUCUCCUGGAAUCGGCCAGCCGGGCCAGCCGCGAGGUCAGAACUCCCUGUACAUUUCCACUAACUCCUCCCCCAGCUCCCCAUCACGGGGGAUCAGCUUGACCAGCUCCUUCCACCCCGGCAUGUACAUCCACCCGGCCCCCGUGCGGCCUCUACCAGCCUCCUCCCCCCAGCCUGGGAAUGCGUACAUCAAGAUCAAGGUGUCGCCCGGCCGGACUCAGGGGCGCCCCCUGGAGUCACCCACUGUGGAGACUGAGUCCCUGCUCAAUAUUGUGGACCAGGCGGAGCAUCCUGCAGCACCCGCCCCCAUCCUGCCUAUCUCAGUGUUGCCAGGCAACCUCGCCAGUAAGAUCAACAACAUGCCGCGCAGGUCCAGUUCCGGCUCUGAUGACUACGCAUACACUCAGGCUCUCCUGCUCCACCAGCGAGCAAGGAUGGAGCGGUUGGUCAAGGAGCUCCUUCUGGAACGGCAGAAGUUAGAGAAACUGAAGGCUGACGUGAACGAGAUGGAGUACGACGCCCUGCAGAGGCGCUUCCGCAGGGUCAACAGCUCCAGCUUUAUUCCACGGCCCGAGGAGAUGACCCGUCUACGGGGCCUGAACCGGCAGCUGCAGAUCGACAUCGACUGCACUCUGAAGGAGACAGACCUGCUGCAGUCUCGAGGGAAGUUCGACCCAAAAGCCAUGAGCAACUUCUACGACAACAUCCAGCCGGGCCCCGUGGUGCCGCCGAAGCCCGUGAAGAAAGAUGGAGGCGUGCGCUCUGUGGCUGGCGGCCGGACGGCCCCGCAGGACGAGGACUUUGAGGGGGCCCAGUGGAACUGUGAGAGCUGCACUUUCCUGAACCAUCCGGCACUGAACCGCUGCGAGCAGUGCGAGAUGCCCCGCUACACCUGAGCCAGUGUGGAGGCGACGCCACACCCCCGCCCUCCGCCACACCCCCACUUCAUUGCCACCGACGCCACACCCUAGCUUUAACGAAUGCCCACCCUGAAGCUUCCCUAGAUCAGUUUGCAUCACUCUAGAUGUUUUAAUUUCAGAUAGAAUGAGGGCGCGGGCCCCUUCUGCAGGCUGCCUCGGGGUGAGGAAGCUGGAGUGGCCCUGGGCAGAGCCAGACCCUGUGGCACGGACAGUUGGCUGUCUGGAAUACGGCCGGACAGAGAUCUCCGUAGGGCUGGGCAGUAACCAUGGUGAUUGGAAUGUAUCAAUAUCCUAGUGGAAAAACUGAGAUUGCCUUUACCACCAUGCCCCCCCUCCCCCCUCAGUCUCCCCAUGUCACCUGGACAGUACCUGGGCCUUCUGUCGGAUUACAGGCCUACAGAACAUGACUGCUUUGCAUUGACUGACUUGAAAAAGAAUAUCCAGGUGUUGUGGUUCUCAUGCUAGAUGUACACUGUAUCUGCUCCGAAGCUAAAUGACACUAAGAGAACUUGCAUUUUAAAUAUAUUCCUGGUACCUUUAUGCAUACUCUGCUACACUGUAAUCUGAAUAUGUUCCUUCAUGUGGAUGCUGUAUUUAAAGCACCCGUUCUAUGUGAAACUGCUGGACUGUGAGGUACACAGCGUGUGAAUAUAUACGUGCGGAUGUGUGUAUCUCCCUGUGUCCUGACAAGGUCAUGUCUUUGUGUAAUUCAGAAUCAGUUGUGAAUUUUGUGAUUUUUUUUUUUUUUUUUUUUUUUUUUUUUUUGGGGGGGGGGGGGACUACUAAAUAACAUUGGCUGUAGUUUAAACUUGGACUGGUUUUUACUGUUUGCCCAAAGAGUAUGAAAGACCACCUGCAAAUAACCGAUAAUGCAGUAUUUGUCGAAAUAAGGUAUAUGAUGUUAUCAAAUCAAAGUAUUCAUUUGGUCAUUAAACGAAUGCGAGUUGGA